AAUCACUUCGCCAAACCUCUGCUCUGCCCCCCUCCCUCAGCAAUUUUUUCUUCUCCUCCUUCGCUGCGGCAGUUACAAAUAAUAUUUAUAGAAAAUGGCUGCAACUACAGGUCGCAAGACAAAGCUUCUCAUAGACCUCUUCCUUCUUGCCGCCACGCAAGUUUCGGCGUAUUACCUCGUCAAAUGGCUGAUCAGUUACCGCGACCCCGACCGUGAGAAACGGGAUAUGAUCAAGAAGAAGUCCAGUGCUGUUUUGCGGCGGCUGGACGAUAAUCACCAGCGGCAAGGCGGGAAGGGUCGGUUGGAGAGAACCACUUUCACCAGUUACGAGCAGACCAUCUUAACCGAAGUUGUUGCCCCGGAGGAUAUUCACGUCACUUUCAAUGAUAUCGGUGGUUUGGACAAUAUUAUCGAGGAAUUGAGGGAGGCCGUAAUCUACCCACUUACCGUGCCGGAUCUAUUCUCUACCUCGUCUAGCUUGUUGUCCGCUCCCAAGGGUGUCUUGCUUUAUGGUCCCCCGGGAUGUGGAAAGACUAUGCUUGCGAAGGCUCUUGCUCGCGAAUCUGGGGCUUGCUUUAUUAAUUUGCAUAUUAGUACCUUGACCGAGAAGUGGUAUGGUGAUAGUAACAAGCUUGUAUCAGCAGUUUUUACUCUGGCAAGGAAAUUGCAGCCCACAAUUGUCUUCAUUGAUGAGAUUGAUGCUGUUCUACGAAGUAGAAGCAGCUCGGACCAUGAGGCCAGCACCAUGGUUAAAGCUGAAUUCAUGACACACUGGGAUGGUCUCCUCUCUUCUUCCGCUACCGGUAAUGCUAGUCAAAUCUUGAUUCUCGGUGCUACCAAUCGUAUUCAAGAUAUCGAUGAGGCUAUCCUCCGUCGUAUGCCUAAGAAGUUUCCCAUUAAUCUCCCGUCUGCGCCUCAACGCCAACGCAUUUUGUUAUUGAUCCUUAAAGAUAUUAAACUCUCUCCGAAUUUCGAUAUGGGCGAAUUAGUCCGCAAGACAGCUGGUAUGUCUGGCAGCGAUCUUACUGAAGCAUGCAGAGAUGCUGCGAUGGUUCCUAUCAGAGAAUACAUUAGGAGUUUCACUGGGGACGAGGGUAAACGUCGUUUGGAGGCCGGAGGCCGAGGCGGUAUCAGUCGUGACGAAGUAAGAGGUGUGGAAAACUCUGAUUUCUUCAGGAAGGGUACUGGUGGUAGAAGACCUGUCGAAGAUGAGGUAAUGGAGGGAUUCGAAAGGGCCGUUGGAGAAGUCCGCGAACGAAUGGAAAAGAGGGAAAACGAGGAGUUUCGAGAAGCCGAAGAAGCAAGGGUAGAUUGACAUUCGUUCGAAUAAACCGGACUCCGAGAGUGUGCUUUUACACGUUUCUUUUCUCCACUUUUUCCUUUUUUAAUCUUCCCAUUUAAUAGCUUGGCUUUAGGCAGGGAGGUGGGGUGAGGAGUAACAUAGAUAUCGUUUCGGCACUUUUUUAUUUUACUGGUUUUCUCUCUUCUGCUAGUUGGGAUAAUGUUGGAUAGAGACAUGUGUAUUAGUAUCAGCAGGAAAGUAUAUGAUGGAAAUUCACUACUUGCUCUUGUUUUGGGG